AUGACUGAGAGUCUUUUGAAUAUCGGAUUGCAUCUGAGAUUCGAGCCUACAAAAUCCACAAAGGGUGCGAGUAAAAUGCGUCGUGAUCUCAUCAAUGCAGAGAUAUCCAACCUUCGAGAUCUACUACCCCUUCCACCCUCCACCAGACAGAGAUUGUCGCAAUUACAGCUUAUGGCUCUGGUCUGCGUGUAUGUAAGGAAAAUGAAUUAUUUUCAACAAGUGUUCAAGAGUCACGACUUUACCUAUCAGUAUCAAGAACAAAGUACACCCACACCCAAUAUUGGAUUUUCAAAGGCAAUGAACGGUUUUAUGAUGAUGAUGACACAGAACGGAAAAUUGUUGUACAUAUCGGAAAAUGCAGCUGAAUACUUAGGACAUUCUAUGGAAGACUUACUAAUACAUGGAGAUAGCGUAUAUGAUAUAAUAGAUAGACAAGACCAUCAGAUGGUUCAAUUAGAGCUGAAUAGAGGAAGUAACGGAGAGACUGAAAAUGUACCAAAGAAUAGACAUUUCUUCUGUAGAAUGAAUGUAUCGAGAAACGCUAGGAGACAAAUGAGAUUUGGUGACCAAAAAGUAGUUCUAGUUCGCGGCCACUACGUGUCUUACCUACCACUAUGCAGUCGCAACGAGCCCGUGUUCCUAGCGUCGUGCACGCCUCUGGCCAUGCCGGAGACGCGCGAGUGCGUAGUCCACGGCGCCACCAACGUCUUCACCACUGUGCACGCCAUGGACAUGAAGAUACUGCAUAUCGAUACCAAUGGCGAGUGGUACUUAGGAUGGAAUAAAUCGGAACUAAUAGAUGUAUCGUGGUACCAAAUACUACAUUGGGAUAGUUUACGAGAAGCUCAAGCCAAACAUAAAUUAAUUACACAAUCGGAACAAGACAAAUGUUGUAUAUUACUAGUGAGGCUGCAACAGAGAUCAGGCGAGUUCCUAUGGAUACAUAUGGUUUUACAAGUCAAGGAAGCCACGGACGCACCUAGACAAUUCAUCGUUGCUACUAAUCAAGUUUUAAGCGAAGAAGAAGCCGCAAUAAUGGUCGCGAACUCCUGGAUAUACCAAUACUACGGCUACCAGCACCAACCGUGUGGGCUGGACCCACGUUGUCAAAAAUUCUUCCGACAGGAACAAUUCCAAGAACCUUAUCAAGAAUACCAAUAUGUGGAAAACACGGAAUUGGAAUAUGGUUAUAUGCCAUAUGUUCAUAAACCAGAAGAGUAUGUGUGCGAACGGAUGUUUACUGAUAGAGGACCCGUGGAUUACUCUACGCAUUCACCACAAUCAACUAUAAGUGAAGAAAGGUCACCGAAUCACUACGAGAUGUCGCCUGAAGCAAUGACUAUGUACCCGUAUACCUAUGCAGGGAAAAGAGAAUAUGAACAGUUCUCCACUGUAACUUACCCACAGGAACCCUGUACCAGUAUUUGUAUGGAUGGUACGGAAUAUCCCUCACCAAAGAGAAUGCGUCUUACAAACCUUGGGGUUUCGAUGGAACCCGCAGAUGGCAUGGAGCGGUGGAACCCAAGUCCUCCAUGGUCAGAUAACCUGAAAAUGACAGACUAUACACAAAGGUUCUCGUAUAAUAUACUUCCAAUGCCCACAGAAAGAGCUAUGGUUACUUAA